CAGGCCCCGCAAAAGAUCAUGCCGGUCCUGCCUUUUAUACAGACAAGAAUGUAUGUACUUUAUUUCUUACCAUAAUAAUGCUCCACGUGCUUUUUCAUUUGAGUUUUACUUUUUCAAACGAUAUGAACGACAGAUUUGACAAAUUUUAAAAUUCGUUUAUAUCUUUAAUCACGAUGCAAGUUUCUUGCCCAAACGAUGUAAAGAUCUAUAAUUUGAGUGCUGGAAAGUCCCUUCCAGAGUGGUUAUCGGAACGGAAACGGCGAAGCUUAAUAAAGAAAAAUGUUGAUAUACGUCGACGAAUUGAACUUAUCCAGGACUUUGAUAUGCCUGGAGUUAGCACUUCUAUUAAAGUUUCAAAAGAUGGACAAUAUAUUUUUGCAACAGGAAUAUAUAAACCACGUGUAAAAUGUUUCGAUGUAAAGAAUUUGUCUUUAAAAUUUGAAAGGUGUUUCGAUUCUGAAGUUGUUACUUUUGAUAUCUUAUCAGAUGAUUACAGUAAGUUGGUAUUUUUACACUGUGAUCGAACCAUUGAAUUUCAUGUUGCCCAUGGCAAAUAUUACAGGCUCAGAAUACCACGUUUUGGAAGAGAUAUAAAGUAUCAUUACCCAUCUUGUAAUCUUUUUAUUGUGGGAGAUAGCAACGAGAUUUAUAGAAUAAACCUUGAGAGAGGACAAUUUUUGCAAUCUUUUGUAACAGAUUCAACAUCGAUAAAUAAAUGUGAAAUAAAUCCUGUACAUCAUCUUCUCACCACUGGAACUCAAGAAGGAAAGGUUGAAGCAUGGGAUCCUCGAACAAGGAAUAAAGUGGGCACCUUGGACUGUGCUUUGUACUGUGUUGGACAAGACAAUAAGCUAGAAGCAGUUCCUGCGAUUACUAGUUUAAAAUUUCAAGGAGGCUUAACACUUGGAGUGGGUACGUCGACUGGACAAGUAUUGUUAUAUGAUAUUCGUUCUAGCAAACCUUUCUUAGUAAAGGAUCACAUGUAUGGAUUACCAAUCAAGAACAUAGAGUUCCAUCAGAAAAUGGAUAUGGUUUAUUCUAUGGAUAGUUCUAUUGUGAAAAUAUGGGAGAGAAAUAGUGGUAAAUUGUACACAUCGAUAGAAGCUCAAAAUGAUUUUAACGAUAUGUGCGUCAUACCAAACACUGGAAUGUUCGUAAUUGCUAACGAAAAUACGAAAAUGCAAACCUAUUACAUCCCUAGCCUUGGGCCAGCUCCGUAUUGGUGCAGCUUCUUAGACAAUUUGACAGAAGAAUUAGAAGAAUUAAAUUAUGAAACAAUUUAUGAUGAUUAUAAAUUUGUCACUGAGAAGGAAUUAGACGAACUAGGUCUAUCGCAUCUAAAAGGCACUAAACUUCUUCGAGCCUAUAUGCACGGGUACUUCAUGGAUAUUCGAUUGUAUAGAAAAACGAGAGAUGUGAUGAAACCUUUUGAAUUUGAAGAAUAUAAGAAAAAACGAAUUCAGCAAAAAAUACAAGAAACCUGCGGCAGUAGAGUACAGGUUCAAAAACUACCAAGUGUAAAUAAAGAACUUGCGUUUAAAUUAAUGGACGAUGAAACAAAUAUGAAGAAGAAGAAGAAGAGCUCUUCCAAUCUUCUUAAAGACGAACGUUUCAAAGCACUGUUCAGUAAUCCAGACUUUCAAGUGGAUAAAAACUCGGAAGAGUAUUCGUUGCUAAAUCCUGUUAUUUCUCAGCUUGAUAAAAGCAGAGCUAAAAAAUUGCAAGCUAAAAUAGCUGAAGAAGAGGCGCAACAAAAAAUGGAGAUUGAUCACGAGAACGAUGAAAACCAAGACAAUAGUUCGGAUGAAAGUUUCAUUCAUGACGAUAGUAGUUCAGAGGACGAAAAACCAUGGGUAAGAGAAGUAAAAAAGCAAUAUCGAUUGAUAAAGAAAAAUGAAAGACAGAAUGAGGUAGAGGAUGAGAAUGUGAAAGAUAAUGAACAAAAAUUAGGAAAUCAUUCUCGGCUUUAUGAAAUCAAGGAACAUGUAGAGUUCAGAGAUGCAAAACCGGUAGCAAAGAGGCAAAAUAAGGCUACCUUGGGAGACAGACUAAAAACCCAGGAAGCUCUUGGUGUUAAAGUUUCUGGUUCCCGUGGUAACAGAGAAAUGACUUUUGUCGUUGGAAAGAAAAAACCAACUGGACGCGCAAAAUUUCAAGUAAGAAGGCACGGAAAGGACCAUAAACAUCUUUUAAGACCAGCAGGAAACCUAUACAGAAAGAAACGUUAAUAUUGAUUGUUGUAUUUAGUUCUUUAUUUUAAAUAUUAAACUAUUUUAUUUUGUACAGUAAA